CUUCUUCCUUCCCCUUCAAUAAACUGGCGUGAAAGAUGCUCUUGGCUUCGUAUCGUAUGUUUUGUUCCAAGACCUUUGUUAGUAUCCAGGAGGGCCCCGUGAGACAAGCACGCGACAGGAUUGCCUCGUAUCGUAUUGAUUUAGUCGAACUGCGGUUAGCGCUUGGCGAUUGAUGCUUUGUUGCGCUGCUUUGGGCCCUCUUCCCCAAUCACUCUGCCGUCUUACUCUUUGGGAAGGAGAAAGCGAAAGCGGGAGACAAGGUCGCAGGGCAGGCUGGGAAAAAACGAGCGUCUGGUACUAUUUAUCAUUAACGGCCUCUUUCAUGCAAAACCAGCUGUGGGAAAGCCGUUUCUAUGGGGGUGGGCUCCCAGCCAGCGGAUAUGCCGGAGCCAUCGAGCACAUUGGCAUGACAGCAACAUGACUAGGAAGACCCGGCCGGAGCACACAAAAAAAAAGCCAAGAACAACGGCUCCGCUUCAAUCCAGGAGCGCCUCAUACUUUUUGUCUUCUUUCCUUAUGUUCUCCAACCUGCCCGGGCGGGAGUAUUGCAGCCACGCGUAUAAGCUCGCGCCGUUUCUAGCGGGCUUAUACCGACAAGCCAUGGCCACGGCACGGCGGACGGAGCAACUGGGAGCCCAAUUGGAAUCUUACUCACCAGGUACCGGUACUCUUGCGUCUCACUGGCUCAGGAGAGCGCGGAGAGAGCAGAUGCUUAAGCUGUUUGGCUGUGGCGUAUUUGUUUCGUUUUCAGUUUGUACGAGGCGCAGUCAUACGAUGCUGCGAGCCACUCCAGACCUCGUCAGCGCUUCGGCCCAGGUAUAUCCAAUGGGUGCCGGCGCUCGUAUCAGAUGUGUUGUUGGCGCUGCGCUGCCAAGGGCGAGACUGGUGCGGCCAAGAGCCAAGAGAAUACCAAGAGAAAACCAAGAGAGUAAAAAAACAACUCUGAGCAAUUUUUCCAGCGGCCAACCCACUUUUGAAGCUUUCCUCCUGCUCGUCGUCGUCGUCCUGUCUGAGUCCUUGACGUCCUUCCACGUAGUCGCCAAGACAGUUCUAGAUUCUCUGUGACGGCACGGGAGCAUGCAUGCUCGACGUCACCGGGUGAGUGGCAGCUGAGGCGGCGCGCACUAAGCAAGGCGAUCGGCCACAAACGUUAAAACCGGGAGCUGAAGAUGGAGAGACAAGAUCGU